AUGGGUAACUGCAUUAGCGUCCUAGCUCGGCGUAGGGCGAAGGGCACCAAGCAGCAUAAGCAGGCUAAGGUCAGCUUGGAGGACCUCCCAGCUCAAAAAGAAGGACCAUACAUGACAGCCAGCAACCAGGUCCGUGACGCCAACUUGGAGCAGGACGACUUAGAUGAGAUCCAUGAAGCAGAGGAGUUUGAGAGUUUGAGAACCAAGCCCAAGACUGAGGCGUCAAGGCUGACUAGAGAGGGAAUGGAAGACAUCGCAGCCCGGAGCUACCUUCAGCCCAGGGUGGCACAUGUGCGCUUGCACGAAAGCAUGCACCGCCCCACCCCCGGCUCGACUCUGGAAUCGCUCGUUAGCUGGGUCUGUGAGAGUGGUGGAGACAUGCCCGAGAGUCCCUCUGCGCCCGAGAUCGUCCCAAUCAAAGGGGAUGACGAGUUGCCGAGACCUCCUAUCGACCCGUCUCAUGUUAAGAACUCAGCUGUCCCAGGCUGGGUUCUUUACGACAGUUCUCGCCCAAACGGCCCUUACUACUAUAAAGGUCCCCCAAGACUUGGCUUGGACAGAGAGACUAACAAACUAAACCGAACAUGGAUGGCAAUGUACGGACCAGGUAGAGAAUAA